GCGUUAUCUUAAAUAUCCCAUUUAGUAGAAAAAGACAGUUGACAGAUACUAUUUAUGAAAGAAAUAAUGUUACGUAGGGAGCGAAGACAGCAAAGUGAGAGAUCACAUGGGGAAGAGCAAAGACAGAGGCGUUGUCAUUUGAUUGGACCGACCACUUUGUAUCGUCUCAUGUUCCUUCGUAUUCUUAAGAGUAUUUUGUCCACAUGUCACGCUCACGCAUGUCUUGGUUUAUAUGCAGUCAAUGACGAGCUCAUUAUUACUUUAUGUACAGUUUCUUAUACCUUUCUUUAUUACAAAGAAAUACUAUCAAUCAACGAAUCACAAUUUAUAAUCAAGAAAACGUAAAUGGAAAAGAGAGGAAGCAGAGUUAUGUUGAGUUCUAGUUCAUCUUGUGUUAAUGUGUUACUACUCAUCAUGUGCCUUAUGCUUCUGAGUUUGUCAGCUGAUGCGUACAAGAACUACACUGUGGGAGAGUCCACGGGAUGGUUCGAUAUUCAGGAGAGACCCUCUGCUAAUUAUCAGAAAUGGGCUGAUUCCAAAUCCUUUUCUUUGGGUGAUUUCCUCAUUUUCAACACAGAUAGCAACCAUUCGGUGGUUCAGACAUAUGACUUCAAAACAUACAAAGAUUGUGAUUACGACAAUAAUGAAAACAAUGAUACAACAGAGUGGUCGGCUGCAAAUCCUUCAGCAACAUCUCCUGUUCCCGUCUCAAUAAGUGUUCCUCUUGUUAAAGAAGGUUCCAAUUAUUUCUUCUCGGGAAAUUAUGAUGGCGAACAAUGUAAAUUCGGACAGCAUUUUAUGAUCAAUGUAACACAUGGUCAGGGCUUACCAGAUUUAUCAUCACCAGAUGAAGCUGCUGCGCCUGGACCGGGCGAAUCCGGUGAUGAUGAAGUUGCUCCUGACACCAUCGUCCCGGCCAAUUUCGACCAUCCUAAAGAUAUUGAAAGUGAUAAUGAUGAUGAUAAAGAGGUUCGUAAUAGAAAAAGUUCUUCUUCCAUAACAAAAUCUAAUUUGUUUUGUUUAGUCUUUAUGGGGUUCUUUGCAUCAUUUUAAUCAAAUAUUCUUUGACUUUU